CCACCUACACCAACGCGGUGAUGGCGUCUACACCUUCCCCUCCUCUUCCUAUUUCUUGGAGCCAACUCUCCCUCACACGCAGAGUUGCACUUCGCCAGCGAACAAGCUCCUCCACACUCAACACAUAUAGUUGUGCUCGGUGCCGUGCUUCAGGUAGUUCAGCUUUUCAAGAAGUCGUGUUCUCAUCUCUACCCCUUUUACGUGUUCUGCACUCUAGAAAGAUUUGUUCUUUAGGCCCUGCUUGUCUAUAAGUCCGCACUCAGAACCGUCCAGGAUGUCGAACAAUCGGUCUUUCUUUCUACUGCUUGUGGUGAUAGCAACUCUCUUGGUCCCUACUAUCGCGUUCGUAAACGAUUUACCUCCAGUUUCCAUGGCAGGGGAUCAGCCGAAGUCUUGGCCAGACCUAGUUGGAAUUCCCGGCACGGAGGCCCGCGAGAAGAUUUUGGCUGAGGACCCGACGCUGCAAGUGGGGAUCGUCAGGCCAGGCAUGAUGGUGACAAUGGACUACCGCAUGGACCGCGUGCGCAUCUACGUGGAUAAGGAUGGCAUUGUGCUCCGCCCUCCCACGCUCGGCUAGCUACCUCCAACGCAUUGCUCGCUCGUCCACGUGGCGUUCGCCACUUGCUAGAAUAUAUACUUAAUGAUGUUACCGUAUGUGAUGUGGCUGAUAAUGAGCCCUUUCUGGCGGGCUGUGUUUUACAUCUGUUGAUUUUAGUCCACUACGAAUCCUAAGAGCACUAACCGUCAUUAAACCACAAUCAGGCUGCCGCGCAAAGAAACUUACGCUGAUCAAUCAGGGUGUUGUAAAAAUUUUGCGCUGAAAAAACAGAGUUACCUACAAAAAACACACUGUUCAACUAAAUGCCCAUUAUUACU